UUCGUCAUCUUUCAGGAAUUUCAGACUUUCAGCUGGCAGCAGCUGAUCAGCUCCAAAAAAAUAAAUAACAACUUUUGUGUUUACAUUUAUAAAUAAACAUUAUAAAUAAAAAUAUCCCAACAGUUUAAUUUUUAACAAUUAAAACAAAAUCAAUCAAAAAUGGGUGGCGGUGAUUUGAAUUUGAAAAAAUCAUGGCAUCCUUCAACAAUGAAAAAUAUGGAAAAAGUAUGGAAAGCAGAACAACAAAAUACUCAAGAAAAAAAAAGAAUUGCUGAAUUACAAAGGGACAUUGAAAGAGAAAGAGACAGAGAAGAUAUUACAAAGUUAGGAAUGCAACAAGGAACACUUGCUCCAAAAGAUAAUGAAAAAAUAAAUUGGAUGUAUACACAGCCAAAUUCAAGUAUUAAUCGUGAGGAUUAUUUAAAAGGCAAAACAAUUGACAAGACAUUUGAACAAAUUGUCAAAAAUGAACGUGAUGUUGAAAAAAAUAAAGUUUUACCAAGUAAUCACGUUGAACAUGAAUGUAUACCACCAUCUUUACGUUUUUUUACUGGAAAUGAACAAGUUGAUUUGCAAAGAAAAAUUCAAGAAGAUCCACUUUUUGCAAUUAAAAAAAAAGAAUAUGAAUCAAGAGCACAGAUACUUAAUAAUCCAGUCAAGCUUAAACAACUCAAAGAAUUAGCUAGCAAAAGAAAAGAAACAAGUCCUGAAAAAUCAUCAUCAUCAUCAUCAUCGUCAUCGUCAAGGCAUAAAUCAAAAAGACAUCACAAGGAAUCAUCACAUAGAUCAUCAAGACAUGAAGAAAAAAGCAAAGAACGUGAAAAAGAAAAAAACAAAAAAGAUCAUCAUAAAAAAAAACCUAAACUAACUGAUGAAGAAAGAAAACGUAAACUUCGUGAAAUGAUGGCUAAUGCAUCUUGGCAUGAUAAAGAACGAGCAAUGAAUGUUAAAAAAUAUCGUGAACAAGAAAAAAAAGAAACAACUGAAAAAACAUACAACAAAGAUUUCAUAAGAAAACAACUGAUGGCAGCUGCUGAACAUGGAACAGUUGCAUCAAGAAUAAAAUCAAACAUCAACAACAUUCAACGUUCAGAACGUGCAAUGGAUUCAAAUUUUGCAAGACGGUAGCAAUUUUUUUUUUUUUACAAAAUUA